UUUUGUCCGCAACAAAGGGGGAGGAAUAUUGUCGACGCACCGCGUCUACAGCUAGCUAUCCAGAGACCUGAGCUAGCUAACAGACUAGCAAACAAAAGUCUUGUUUUGAACUUUUGACGUAAUGGGGGAAAAGCCGUUGAAGAUCCUCGCAUGUGGUGACGUAGAAGGACGCAUUACUGCUGUGUUUAACCGCGUCCGAACCAUCCAGAAGAAGAGCGGGCAGUUUGAUCUGUUGCUGUGUGUAGGAAACUUCUUCGGUUCGUCUCCAGGAGCUCAGGCUGAAUGGCAGGAGUACACAUCUGGAGCAAAGAAAGCUCCCAUCCACACCUACAUCCUGGGAGCAGCCAGCCAGGAGACCAUCCGCUUCUUCCCCAGUGCUGACGGCUGUGAGCUGGCUGACAACAUCACCUACCUGGGUCGUCGUGGUGUCUUCACUGGGGCGUCAGGCCUGCAGAUAGCAUAUGUGAGUGGUCGUGAGGGGCAGCAGGAUCCGACACCAGCUCACUGCUUCUCUCCUAACGACCUCACUCAGCUGGUGGAGCCACUGAUUAGCAACAACCAGUUCAGAGGAGUGGACAUCCUGCUGACGUCACAGUGGCCCCGCGGAGUCUGGCAGUACGCCAACAGCCCCGUAAGACACUCAAACUACCCUCAUCAGCACCCAACUACCCUCAACUACCCCUCAUCAGCACCUAACUACCCCUCAUCAGCACCCAACUACCCUCAUCAGCACCCAACUACCCCUCAUCAGCACCUAACUACCCUCAUCAGCACCUAACUACCCUCCUCAGCA